GGGUCGGCGUGGCCAUGGCUUUGCGGCUGCUGCUCGGAGCGCCCAGAGCAGCGAGUACUAUUUCUCUGAUAACUGCAGGCCUACUGCUCUCAAACCUCAUGACUGACUCCAGAUGUUCUGGAAUACUAUCCAUUGAUGUGCUUUCCUGGGGCAGCGCUGCUUUGCAGCUCUCUGAGGAGCACCAGCACUAAGUCAGGAGGAAGACCUCAACCUGCUAAGCAACCACUUAAGAAACCGAAGCUGCCAGUAGGGAGAUUUGAUGAACCAGAGGAGUCCAGUCUAGAGAGGGAGCCCCUGGAAAAGUUCCCUGAUGGGAUCAAUCCUGUUACAAAAGAGAGGGGUGGACCAAAAGGCCCUGAACCUACACGGUACGGAGACUGGGAGCGAAAAGGACGCUGUAUAGAUUUUUAAUGUGUAAAUGUGUCUGUACUGCUGAUGAAAUACUGCUGGUUGUUGAACAAUAAAAGGUACAGAAAAGCCCCCCUUGGUUUGUUUGGAAGCUUCUCCUUUCUGUCAUGCUUGUGGUGGAUUUUUGAAGGGAUGUUAUGUAAAUAAACACUACUCUGCAGUUCA